AUGGUUGUUCUAUCUGAACUCCCAGAAGGAUCUUCAUCUUCUUCAUCAUCUUAUGCCAAUACUUCACCAACUUUUAGUCACAGUUCAUCAACUCAUGAUCAUAGAUAUGACGUAUUUUUAAGUUUUAGAGGUCUAGACACUCGUCUUAGUUUCACCAAUUACCUUUAUGAGGCACUUAUAGACGCCAAUAUCAGUACCUUCUUGGAUGAUGAAGAGAUUGAAACAGGGGAAGAUCUGAAGCCAGAAUUGGAGACUGCAAUUAAGGCAUCUCAGGCUUCUAUUAUCGUGUUGUCCAAGAAUUACGCUUCUUCAACAUGGUGUCUCGAUGAAUUGGUGCUGAUCCUUGAGCAGCGUAUGACAUCCAACCAUAUUGUCAUCCCAAUAUUUUAUCAUGUGGAGCCCACACAUGUCAGGAAGCAACAAAGUAGCUUUGGUGAUGCAAUGGCUAAGCACAAACAAACAAUGGAGGCAGAGACGAAUGCAUAUAAAAGAAGUCAAUGGGCUCAAAAGAUGGAACGAUGGAAUAAAGCCCUUACAGAAGUUGCUAAUUUAAAAGGAAAUGACGUAAAAGGAAGGCUAGAGACAAAGUUUAUUGAAGAAAUUGUGAAAGACAUCAACCGUAGAUUACAUUUACCUUUAAGGAGUGCUCAACCGCUACUUAUUGGGAUAGAGCAUCAUAUCAGCUUCGUCACUUCAUGGUUGAAAGAUGUAUCCUCACAUACAACAGACAUACUUACUAUUUCGGGCAUGGGUGGGAUCGGGAAGACACAUUUAGCUAAUUAUGUCUAUGGGCAACAUUGUCGUGAAUUCCACACAAGCAGCUAUAUUGAAGAUAUAAGUAGGAGAUGUGUUGGAAAGUUUAAUGGGCUGCUUGACAUACAAAAACAAUUGUGUGGUGACGUUUCAAAAACAAGUUCAAUUCAAGUUUAUGAUGUUUCAGUAUACACCUCAAAGAUAGAGAAUGCAGUAGCUCAUAAAAGGGUGUUUCUUGUUCUUGAUGAUAUUGAUAGUAUUGAGCAGUUGGAUGCAUUACUUGGAAGCAAAGGUUUUCAUCCCGGAAGCAAAAUUAUAAUAACAACAAAGAACACAUGGUUGACAGAGAGUUGUACACUAUUCAAAACAAACAUUAAACCCAAGAAUGAAAGGCUUUUGCUUCGAGGCUUGGAUGAGAUUGAGUCACAACAACUUUUUUGUUUUCAUGCAUUCACGAUCAACCAUCCCAAGCCAGGUUAUGAAGAGGUAUCAGAUAAGAUUUUGAAGUAUUGUGAAGGACAUCCAUUGGCUCUAAAAGUUUUGGGCAAGUCUCUGCAUAAUCGGGAUGUGGCUUACUGGGAAGGGUGCAUAGAAGGGCUAAAGAAAGAAACAUGUUCCCAUAUAAAUAAUGUCUUGAGAAUGAGCUUUGAUUCUUUGCCAUCUAACAAUGAUAAGGAGUUGUUUAAAUAUAUUGCUUGUUAUUUUGUUGGAAUAGAUAGAGAUGUUACUGAAACAAUAUUAGAGGCAUGUGAUAUAAACACAAAAUCUGGAAUCACGAAUCUCCUUGACCGAUUCCUUCUUAGAAUUGGAUGGGAUAACGAAUUGAAGAUGCAUCAGUUGGUUCAAGAGAUGGGAAGAUUUGAAGUACGUCAAGAAUCACUUGAUAAACCAUGGAAGCGAAGUCGGUUAUGGUGUGAUAAAGAGUCAUUCAGAGUGUUAAAACAAAAAAAGGGUAAGGGAAAUCUUGUAGGCCUUUCCCUUGACAUGCGCAUGCUUGAGAAAGAGAAGUUAGGUGCAUCAUUUGAGCUGAAAACAGAUGCGUUGAGCAACAUGGAUAGUCUGAUGCUACUACAACUCAAUUAUGUUCACAUGAAUGGGUCUUAUGAGAACUUUCCGGAGGAAUUAAGAUGCUUGUGUAUGCAUGGGUUUCGUUUAAAGUGUAUACCUUUAGACUUACCUAUGGAGAAUCUUGUUGCUCUUGACAUGUCAUAUAGUAAUAUUGAAUAUUUUGUUGGUUGUUAUAGAGAUCCACAACGACUUGAGAAGAAGCAAAAGUUGGACGAAUCGUGCUUAAAAAAGAAAAGGUUGCUUGGAUCAUUGAAGAUACUUAAUUUAAGUUUCUGUGGACACCUUCGUAGUCUUGGUGACUUUGACCAACUCCCUGCACUUGAGAGGUUAAUAGUUAGAAAUUGCAUUGGUCUGGUUGAGGUUUGUGAAUCAAUUGAAAAAUGUGUUGAUCUUUUCCUCAUCGAUCUGAGCUACUGCAACAAGCUUGAAAAACUUCCAAGAAAUAUAGGCAUGUUAAAGAAGGUUAAAAUGAUGUGGCUAGAUGGUUGUAGUCUCGGUGAGUCUCAAAUCAAGAUUAGAGAUAUGGACUCACUGGAAAUGUGGAAGGCUAACAAAAACAUUGGCAUAAACACAAGAACCUCUUCCAUCGCCUUUGUGGGUGCUAUACCAAGGGAUUUGAAGUUCUUUGCAAGUUCUUUACGGAGCUCUCUAGUACGGUUGUCACUUGCAAAUAGUAAUUUGUCUACUGAAUCCUUUCCCAUGGACUUUAGUUGUCUAUCCAUGUUAGAGAAAUUAUAUUUAGACGAAAAUCCUAUCACUUCCAUGCCACAUUAUGUGAGAACCCUUCCUAGGAUUGAUUUGCUUAGUAUGACGAACUGUGAUAAGUUGAAGUCCGUGGAAUAUCCUCCACAAACACUUAGCCAGUUGGCACUAUAUUCUGAUCGUGAUGCUUUUACAAAAAAAGUAGUUUUUAAUCUAGAAAUGUCCCCUCUCCACUUACACUCUUUUUCUAGAAGUUCUGCACCUGAGGCGUAUGAAUUUGAAGGCAUGAUCAAAAUCCAAUCAAUGGUGGAUGUUGAGGAAAAGGUAUUACGUAGCUUGGGCUGGACUAAUAUAGACUUCCUUAAGGAGAGGCGUGUGGGAACCAAUUCUUCAGAAUCUGAAAUCCAGAUGAUUUAUGAAUACGGAAUAUUCAGCACAAUGUAUGAACAAAAAGAAAUACCGAGUUGGUUUAGGCAUAGAAGUGAGGGGCCAUCAAUAUCAUUUACCAUCCCAUCGUCUCCAAACAAUCUUACAGGACUUAACUUCUGCUCUGUGAACAUGUUGCAAAUUCUGGAUGACUAUAUGGAUGAAGUUCCAUAUGGUCAUUUCCCUCUUACACCAAUGAUCACAAUUAGUAAUAUAACAAAGAACCGCAUGUGGAUAUACGAACGUUUCCAGGACAAAUCUUGUGUACGUGGAAAGUGUUGGGUGUUGUUAAGUCAUUGGAUGUUUACGAUGAAUGAGAUGGAGGUUGGUGACCAUGUUACUAUUACUGUUACAGAGAGGUAUAAUGAAGUUAUAAAGGAGUGUGGGUCAUGGAAUCACAUAAUUGGUGGAGAUCUCUCCCCUUUUGAAACAACAACCACCGGAGAAUACAUCCUAAAUAACUUCCAAUUUUUUAUUAAUGUCACUCAAUUGUUUCCCUAUCAUCGUAAAUUCAUUGCAGAUGGCCCCGACUAUAAAGAAAGAUACAAACCGUGGUUUAGAGCUUUAUCCCCAAGGAAGCCUGACAUAAUCUCAGGAACAACCUCAAGUGCAAACUGA